UGUCGCUGUUUUUCUGUCGGCUCAUCUUCUGAGAGGAAGGAGGAAAGCGACGGAAAUAGGAGGAGAGAGCCAUCCCUUUAAGAACAACUGGGACAUAGCGGAGAGAGGAAAAGGAGAGGAGGGGGUAGAAGAAAGAGGAAUUAAAAAAGAAAAGGAAGAAAGAGACAGGGAAGGGAGGGAGAGAGAGAGAGAGCGCGCGAUAAAAAAAGAAAGAUGACAUCCUGUGAAUCGAAGCGCCGAGGUGGAGCGGCGGGCUGCGGCCGGGCUCGAGUGUUAUUCGUCCGGGUCACGGCUUGAAACCGACAGCGAGGCUUCGACAAACACCCGAUUGGCCUGUCGGGGGGGAUCGAGGAAAAAACACUGAUUUAUCCAUAACAACCUUUAAGUUUGACUGUUUCAGAUGCGCAUUACGUCUAACCGCUAUUUUAACGUCUUUAUGCGUCAACUCCUGUUUUAUAAUGCAUGGUGUAAGAGUGUAGAAAUUACAUGAUUGCUUUCGAUAUUUAAAGUCAUGCAAAUGCCAAUGAAUAAAUAGCACGUUGUUGUGAUGUCUCGGUUAAAGUUGGAUAGGAGCAAAGUAAACACUAAAUAGUGUGCAUUUUUGCCUGCUAAUCUGAGAGGUGCAUUAAAUAAGUGAUUGAGAGAAGAGUUUAAAAACAACGAUACACUAUUUGCAAACCGCAGAAGAUUUAAAGCAUGUCAAUGGUGCGUUAUUAAUCUUAAAGAUCGUGUAGUUGAUUAUAAUAUUCAUCGCUGUGGAACAAAAUGGAUGCCGCGUGGAGCAAUUUUCUCUUCCAGACCACACCUUCCCAGAAUCAAGUGGAGGGGACCCUCCAAUCAGAGCUUCUGCCUGUCCACACGACCUCUCCUCAAGCCCCGCCCACCGAGCACAUAGCUCCGCCUCCAUCGACAGUGGACACUGCUGCUCUGAAUGAAGACCCUGUACCUGUGAAGCCAGUGUCCAGACCGGCCCGCGCAGCUCAUAUCUGCUCAAUUUGCAGCAAGCAGUUCAAAAACAGCUACAACCUGCGGCGUCAUCAGUCCGUCCACACCGGUAUCCGCAUGAAGGGGGGGUCCCAGAGCCAAGAGGCCAUGGCCAAAGAGAGUGCGGAAAGACAAACAGUGCCCCUCUCUCUCCUUCACCUCUCCAUACCCCAACAGCAAACCCAAACGCUGUCCACUCUUGCUGUUCUGCCCGCUCCCCACACACAAGUCCUGGCCACUCAAGAUGGAAACAAUGUUGCCAUGGAGAGCGUGGCUUCCACUGUGACCGCCCUCCCUCCUCCGGCUGCUGUUGUCAUGGCAACAGGGGAGCCUGUACAGAGGCAGGUAAACCAGAACCCCAACCCUGUGCGUAAAAACCACGCAUGUGAGACCUGUGGGAAAGCCUUCAGGGAUGUGUACCACCUGAACAGACACAGGCUGUCCCACUCGGACGAGAAGCCAUUUUCCUGCCCGAUCUGCCAGCAGCGCUUCAAGAGGAAGGACCGCAUGAGCCAUCACGUCAGAUCGCACCAGGGAGGCGUGGAGAAACCCUACGUGUGCCAGCACUGUGCUAAAGCUUUCUCACGGCCUGAUCAUCUCAACAGUCAUGUCCGACAGGUCCAUUCUUCAGAACGACCCUUCAAAUGUCCGACGUGUGAAUCGAGCUUUGCCACGCGUGACAGACUGCGCGCUCACAUGAUCAGACAUGAAGAGAAGGUUCCGUGUCACAUCUGCGGCAAACUCCUGUCUGCAGCCUACAUCACGGAUCACAUGAGGGUGCACAACCAAUCACAGCAUCACUCCUGCCAUCUCUGCAACCGCAGUUUCACCACGCUGACGUACCUGCGGGUUCACGCUCAGAAGCACCACGGUCAGGAGUGGAAGGACAGCGGAGGAGGCUUCGGCACCACGGGCUCCGGGGGCGUCCUGGUCUGUCAGCUGUGCGGCGUGCACUGCAAGACCCCCACACAGCUGCAGGGCCACAUGGGUACCCACAACCCCCCCGUGAGUGACCCCAACCCCACCACCACCACCACCACCACCAGUGAGGCGGUGCCGGGCAGCAUGGUCACCCUCUGCAACAUGGUGUCGGCACCCACUGUGUUCGUGAGCGGGAACACGGUGGUGGAUCUGCUGGUGACCGACUGCUCCAGCAUCAUCCCGCAACCUCAAAGCUAGCAGAGCAGGCCUGUAGUGCGCACACACUAGUAACUAUACUCACACGUGCAACACACACAUAGCUACGAAACACAUGUAUGACUCAAAACAGCCAUUUAUUCAUUUCUUAUUACUACACUAAAGAACUACAUGAAAGCCAAGGAGAAACUGUGAAGAGAGGCAGUCUGAGUGAAAGUUGCUCACGUUUUAUGACAUGCACACACACAUACAAUGACAACUACUGUAGCAUGAUUUUGAAAGAACACCUCUCGAUUAUGCACACAUGUUGAGACAUAUAUUCGCUUUACAUUUAUCCCUCUCAAAACCAGAUAUGUACAAUUUCUUGUCUUGCUGAGAAGGCAGGAGGACGGUUUGGUCUUCCUAAGCUAUCUUGGCUCAACAAGAAGGAUCAGGGCAUAAAGGUGGCAAAAGAGACUUGGGGGCAGUAUUUUUUAUUUUAAAUGUGCAGUUCAUCCAAACAUGAAUCAUUCACUCCCCUUCAUGAAGAUUUCAUGACUUUUAGUUACAAAAUGGAGCUUUUUUUUUUUCCUUUUUUGGAGCUCGACCUUCUUUGGUAUCUCAUUCAUUUUCAUCACAUGGAAGAGAGCAGCGAAGACAUUCUGCUUAAUUUCUUCUUUUGUGUCCUACAGAACAAAUAAAGACUUAAGGGUGAGUAAAUGAUGGGUGAACUAUCGCUUUAACAGUUUUAGGAGGAAAUGGCCAGGUCGCACUGACUCUAUCCACUGUUUCUCUUUCUUCUCUCUCUUUUUGACCUUUUCUGCUUUCUUGGCUGCAGGACUCUUUGAUGAUACUGUGAUUGUGUAUUGCUACUGUAUUUCUUCCGCCUGUAAUAUGAUUUCCACUUUGUUUGCCAGACCUCCACUGCCAUAAACUGGCAUCAAGAUCCAUUCAUAAGUCAUAAUAGCAAGAAGAGAGAUCCGAAAGGUGAAAACGAGAGGUUGCAUUAGAUGAAAGAGGAAGGUUUCAGAGAUAAGGGAGUUGAACGGAUGGAUGAUUUAUCUAGUAACGUUCUACUGCCAGCAAAAACAGAUUUGCAUAUACACACUGAUACACAAACACUAUGUGACAGAUGUUUUUGUGUACCUGACAUGUCCAGGUCAUAUUUCAUCCCAAAAUCAAAAGGAAGAAAGACAUUUCCUGUUUUUAGGUCCAUAAAGAUUUUUGUCAUUGUGACAUUGUUUUAAUGAAUUAGUGCACAUAUUCCCCUCAGUUCUCAAAAAUACAUUUCUUAGUUCCAAAA